AUGGAAGAAAACCCUCGACCUAGUUUUUACCGGGACACAAAAUGUACCGCGCCCUCAGACGCAGUCCACGGACAGAAAGAAUGCGGAUCGGUUGACGUACUUGGCCCGGAAGAGGAAAAGAGGCUGGUGAGAAAGAUCGAUUUCCAUUUGAUGCCACUCUUGAUCAUUAGUUAUGGCCUUCAGUUUCUGGACAAGACAAGUCUAUCUUACAGUGCAAUUCUUGGAUUGAAGGAGGAUCUAAACCUUGUCGGGCAAGAAUACAGUUGGGCUUCCAGUAUCUUCUACAUCGGCUAUCUCGCCGCUUCGUAUCCAAUUUCCCUUGGAUUCGUCAAAUUUCCCCUGGGGAAAUACCUUAGCUUACUCAUUUUUCUCUGGGGUGUUGUCUUGACUUUCCAUGCUCUUGCUAAAGAUUACGCCGGGCUCAUGGUCUUGCGAACCUUUCUGGGCGUGUUUGAGAGCGCUAUCAGCCCAGGCUUCUCAUUGAUAACUGGGAUGUGGUACACGCCAUCUGAGCACGUUUCUCGCCACACAUUUUGGUUCGCAGGAAAUGCCAGUUUCAGCAUCAUCGGGUCGCUGAUUGCCUACGGCAUUGCCCACUAUCGGGAUCACUUCCCACAAUGGAAGAUGUUGUUCCUUAUUUUCGGCCUCAUAACUGUGGCGUGGUCGAUUGUAUUGUGGUUCUACCUGCCAGACUCUCCUUCGAACGCCCACUUCCUUUCUUCUUCGGAACGUGAAUUUGCUUCUCUACGACCGAAGAAAUUCCAAAGAACAACUCAAACGAAAAAGUGGAACCGAAAUCAAUUCAUUGAAUCUCUCAUAGAUCCUAAAACAUGGUGGCUAGUGAUUUUCUCAUUCGUCAUCUGUGUUCCAAAUGGGGGCACGACUAGCUUCCAAUCUCUGCUGAUUGCUGGUUUUGGUUACGAUAAAUAUCAAACCAUUCUUAUGGGUCUUCCCGCGUCGGCCUUUCAGUUGGUAGUGGUCCUACUGGCAGCUAUAUUCUGCACGAACGUCCGCAAGUCCCGUUUAAUUGCAAUUAUCAUGAUAUUCGUUAUGGCCCUUGCAGGUAUCCUGAUGGUCAAGUUGCUUCCAUCAGAACAAAAGUUGUCCCGGCUCGCCGGGUACUGGAUGUCUUCGGCAAUCGCUCCAGUUUUCCCCCUCAUGCUGUCCCUCCACGCAAGCAACACAGCCGGGUUUACCAAAAAGUCGACCGUUGCGGCAUUGAUCUUUGUGGGCUAUUGUGUUGGAAACCUGAUCGGUCCCCAGUUUUUCAAAAACUCGGAAGCACCGUACUACCCUACUGCCUAUACCACCAUUGUGAUUUGUUAUGCUAUAGCUAUGGCCUCAGCGGUUGUGUUUCGGGUCUACUUGGGGUGGGAAAACAGGCGACGUGAUAAGCAGCAGGGCGUUUAUAUUGAUCCGGAAGAAACCCGAAAAAUUGACCUGCACACGGACGAGGCCUUGGACCAUGCUGACGAGACGGAUAUCCAGAACCGCAGCUUUCGAUACAUUGUGUAG